UUUUUGGGACAGCCCGCUACGGUCGCACUGAGGUACAAUAUUAUUUCCAGCAAGGGGAAGGAAAAAGCCCGGAAAAAUCACGAAUUCGCCAUGAACCGCUACGCGGUAAGCUCGCUGGUGGGCCAGGGAUCCUUUGGGUGCGUCUACAAGGCGACGCGCAAGGACGACAGCAAGGUGGUGGCCAUCAAAGUGAUCUCGAAGCGCGGAAGAUCCACCAAGGAGCUGAAGAACCUGCGCAGGGAGUGCGACAUCCAGGCGCGGCUGAAGCACCCGCACGUCAUCGAGAUGAUCGAGUCGUUCGAGUCGAAGACGGACCUCUACGUGGUCACCGAGUUCGCCCUGAUGGACCUGCACCGCUACCUGUCCUACAAUGGCGCCAUGGGCGAGGAGCCGGCCCGACGGGUGACCGGGCAUUUGGUGUCCGCCCUCUACUACCUGCAUUCCAACCGCAUCCUGCACCGCGACCUCAAGCCGCAGAACGUGCUGCUGGACAAGAACAUGCACGCUAAGCUCUGCGACUUCGGGCUGGCCCGCAACAUGACCAUGGGCACCCACGUGCUCACCUCGAUCAAGGGCACGCCGCUGUACAUGGCGCCCGAGCUGCUGGCGGAGCAGCCGUACGACCACCACGCGGACAUGUGGUCGCUGGGCUGCAUCGCCUACGAGAGCAUGGCCGGGCAGCCGCCGUUCUGCGCCAGCUCCAUCCUGCACCUCGUCAAGAUGAUCAAGCACGAGGACGUCAAGUGGCCGAGCACGCUGACCAGCGAGUGCCGCUCCUUCCUGCAGGGCCUGCUCGAGAAGGACCCCGGCAUGCGCAUCUCGUGGACGCAGCUGCUGUGCCACCCCUUCAUCGAGGGCCGCAUCUUCAUCGCCGAGCUGCAGGCGGAGGCGGCCAAGGAGUCGCCUUUCACAAACCCGGCGGUGGCCAAGGCGAAGCCGGCGGCGACCAAGCACACUUCCUCCAGCCAGGAGGCAGGAGGCGACCUGGACGAGGCCCUGGCCGCCCUAAACUUUGACGAGGAGGCACUUAAGGAGAACUUGAGCACCUCGCGCGACAGCAUCAAUGCCAUUGCGCCCAGCGAUGUGGAGCAUCUGGAGACGGAUGUGGAGGACAACAUGCAACGCGUCGUGGUGCCGUUCGCGGAGCUCUCCUUCAGGGAUCUGAGCAGUGUGCGAGGCAUGCCGGCGGCGGUCCACCACCAGCCGCUGGUCAACUCGAACACCUGCUUCGUGAGCGGCAACUCGAACAUGAUCCUCAACCACAUGAACGACAACUUUGACUUCCAGGCCUCUUUGCGGGCGGCGGCGGCCAAGCCGAAGGCCGUGACCGCCGUGCGUCAGUCGCGCAGCAAGGAUCUGGAGAAGCGCAAGCUCAGCCAGAAUCUGGAGAACUUUUCGGUGCGCCUGGGCCACAGCAUGGACACGGAGGCGAAGGAGAAGGAGAAGGAAAAGGAGAAGCCUAGCCCGGAGAAGGCGCCUGCUACCCAACUGAAUCCGCAGCAGCAGCAGCAGCAGCCCCAGCAAUUGAAGCACUCCAUGCACUCCACCAACGAGGAAAAGCUGAGCAGCGACAACACACCGCCAUGCCUGCUGCCCGGCUGGGACAGCUGCGAUGAGUCCCAGAGCCCGCCCAUCGAGAACGACGAGUGGCUGGCCUUCCUGAACCGGUCGGUGCAGGAGCUGCUCGACGGCGAACUGGACUCACUGAAGCAGCACAACCUGGUGAGCAUCAUUGUGGCGCCGUUGCGCAACUCCAAGGCCAUUCCGCGGGUGCUCAAGAGCGUGGCCCAGCUGCUGUCGCUGCCCUUCGUGCUGGUGGAUCCCGUGCUGCUCGUCGACCUCGAGCUCAUACGCAACGUGUACGUGGACGUGAAGCUGGUGCCCAAUCUCAUGUACGCUUGCAAGCUGCUGCUGUCGCACAAGCAGCUCUCGGACUCGGCCGCCUCGGCCCCACUCACGGCUGGCUCGCUCAGCCGCACGCUGCGCAGCAUUCCGGAGCUCACGGUCGAGGAGCUGGAGACGGCCUGCAGCCUGUACGAGCUGGUCAGCCACCUGGUGCACCUGCAGCAGCAGUUCCUCACUCAGUUCUGCGAUGCCGUGGCCAUUCUGGCGGCCAGCGAUCUCUUCCUGAACUUCCUAACGCAUGACUUCAGACACUCGGACUCGGACUCCGCCUCCGUGCGUCUGGCUGGCUGCAUGCUGGCCCUCAUGGGCUGCGUGCUGCGCGAGCUGCCCGAAAACGCCGAGCUGGUGGAGCGGAUCGUCUUUAGUGCGCGGCUGAACUUCGCCUCGCUGCUGCAGAGCCGCCACCAUCUGCUGCGGCAGCGCUCCUGCCAGCUGCUGCGCCUGCUGGCCCGCUUCAGCCUGCGCGGCGUGCAGCGCAUCUGGAGCGGCGAGCUGCGGUUCGCGCUGCAGCAGCUGUCCGAGCAUCAUUCGUACCCGGCCCUCCGCGGCGAGGCCGCCCAGACCCUCGACGAGAUCAGCCACUUCACCUUUUUCGUUACCUAGCCGGCACUCUCGUUUAUUGGCCUCCGACGGCUCUACCCGAGCAGAUCCUGAAUGUUGCCCUGGAAGUAGUCGAGCAGCUCGUCCAAGUAGCUACCGAAGCGGUCGAAGUUGAGCAGGUAGUCCUCGCUGCAGUCCUGUUCGUACAUCUCGUUCAACUUGGACACAUCCUUGUCCGAGAGGCCGCGUCUCUGGCCCAGCGAGGCGUACGGAUCCUGCCAGUGAGAGAUAGGAAUAGGAAUGAUAUCAUUAAGAACAUCUAUUAGAACUCCUAAAGAAUCUGACUCCCCUUUGGGAAUACAUCUGAAAGGCAUUUUCCUCCCUUCGAAACUAAUAUUAGGUUCUAAACUAUAAUACUUUCUUUAAGAAUUCAUUUAACUUAACAAGGAAUUUAUCUGCAUCUUAGCAUUCUACUUUUUUUAAAUGUUUGAGAACUCUUACUGGUUUCUAAUAAUAUAUAAGUUUAAUAAUAUGCUUUUUUAGACACUGAAAUGAUCAUCUGGAAUCAAUGUUAACAUUUAUAAUGGAUGAUUUUGUCCAAACAUGUUAAUGUAAGAGUUUCCUUGUUAAAAUAAGAAUAGGCAAAUUCACUGAAUGUCAAUGAAAUAUCUCCAACAAUGAGCAGUAUUACAAUUAUUGAAUGUGUAUCAGCAAUAAAUGCUCAAUUAAGUAUA